AAUCAUGGCUCGUCCCAGGAUUCAGAUGUGGACAUGGACGCUGUGCGCCUUGUGGGUGUGUGUGAGCCAAGCGCUGACUGGACCGCAAUACAUGGUGACGUUUCCUGCAGUUCUUGAGGCUGGAACUAAGACCACUGUGUGUGCAAGCCUCAUGCAGCCCAAUGAGACUCUGCACAUGACCGUCACUUUGAUGUCCAAUCAUCAGAACAAGACUCUACUAGAGCGGAAAUCCAAAGAAGGCUUUCACGAUUGUGUUGUGUUUAAGACUCCUGCAGUGGACAAUGAAGAGCUGCAGAAUGUGGAGGUGAAGGUACAAGGCAACACAUUUUUCUCAAGAGAAGUCAAGAAAGUCCUGAUCAAAAAGUUUCCAGUACUGAUAUUUAUCCAAAUGGAUAAACCAAUCUACCUCCCAGGACAAACAGUGAAUUUCAGAGUGGUCUCGCUGUUCAGGCUGUUUAAACCUAUUAAUGACGUGGAUCCUGACAACAACAAGAUUGCACAGUGGAGCGAUGCAUUCUCUAUAAAUAGAAUAGUGGAGCGUAAUUUCGCCUUGAACUCUGAGGCCCGUGAGGGAACCUACAAAGUCACUGUGGUCUCUAAGUAUGGGACGGCAUAUCAGUCCUUCAAAGUGGAGAAGUAUGUUUUGCCUAAAUUUGAAGUAACAUUAAAUGUAAGUGAGGAAGUGAGUAUUGGGAGCCAAGAAAUCUCUGCUACAGUAUGUGCAAAACUUAACUCCUCCCUGCGCCACAGAGACAAAGAAGAUGUGUUUGAUGUCAGCGCUGAAGUGGAAGAGGAGGGGACAGGUAUUUCACGCACACAAAGGGGCAAAAUCGGGCUUUCAUAUGUGAUUCGAAGGCUGUCUUUCAUUGACACACCCAAGAUUUAUGGGUCACGACCAAGGGUGGGAGGAAAAGUUAUAGCCGUUGAUUACGAUAAUACACCCAUUCCUGGUAUUCCGGUGUACCUGUUUGAGGGUGACAUACGGUCGCCACGACGGCUGCAGAAACUCACAACUAAUAGCAGUGGUGUCGCCUCCUUCGCAUUACUCACAGAGGCCUUAAAAGGGGAUGUUCGUCUCCAUGCAAGCGCUUCACCGACACUGGAGUACCCCAAACAUAGAAUUCCCUACAAUGUGUCUGGAUCACACACACUGACCAGGUCCCGUCCUGCGUCUCCUGAUGCUAAAACAGUCAGCUUCCUUCAGGUGAAGAAGAACGAUAAAACCCUUGCCUGUCGUGCAACGCAGAACAUCUCCAUCGAGUAUGUUAUAGUGGGAGAAGACCCGGGCACUGUGGAUCUGAUGUAUCUGGUCUUGUCCAGAGGAGCCAUUGUCAUGCAAGGACACAAAGAGGUCAAAUUGAAAAAGAAAGUGAAUGAGGGUGAGGUGUCCUUCAAGUUGCCGGGUACCAAUCAAGCGCUGGUACCAGAGGUCCAGGUUGUGGCUUACGCUGUCCUUCCCAGCGAGAAUGUGAUCGCCCACAGUGCUGAGUUCCCUAUUGAGAAAUGCUUCAGUGACAAGGUGCUGCUGGACUUUUCACCACCCUCAGUUGUCCCAGGAGAGGACAUCAACAUGCAGUUGAAGGCAAAGCCAAACUCUCUGUGUGGUGUGAGCGCCAUCGACCAGAGUGUUCUCAUUAAAGAGCCAGGGAAGACUCUGAAUGCAGAUAAGAUUUUUGACUUGUUGCCUUUCAAGAAGGCAACUUAUAUCCCACAUAAGCUUCAAGAUUCCACAGAAUGCCUGCAUGUGAGAUCAAAAAGAUCCAAUUUCCCUUUUCCUGGUCGGGACAUAGACGAUGUUCACACAGUUUUCGAGAAUGUAGGACUGAAGGUGGCAACAAACUUGAGGAUCCAACUACCUACAUGCAUCCAGUACAAAGGAAGAAAAUACCAUUAUAAUCGAUUUGGUAACUUUUUUUCUUUUUUAACGCGCCUUCCUAGUAGACGACUCGCCAGUCCUCGUAAGUCUCUUGAUGCUAAACCAAUAGAGACAGUCCGCACUUUCUUUCCGGAGACUUGGAUUUGGGACGUGGUGAAAGUUGGAUCAUCUGGAACAAAGAACGUGUCCCUCACCGUCCCAGACACCAUCACCACCUGGGAGACGGAGACUUUCUGUUUGUCUGCUCAGGGUUUUGGUUUGGCUCCUCGUAAAGAAGUCACCGUCUUCCAGCCCUUCUUCCUGGAUCUCACGCUGCCCUACUCCAUCGUCCGGGGGGAAAAGUUUGUACUGAAAGCAACCGUCUUCAACUACCUGUCAAGCUGCAUCAUGAUCAAAGUCACUCCAGCAGCCUCCACAGAUUACUUCAUCAUCCUUCUCCCUGGAACCCCGGACAGAUUCUGCCUGUGUGGCAAUGAGCGCAAGACCCUCAACUACUACAUUAACCCCAUGACCUUAGGGGUUGUGAAUAUGACUGUUACUGCUGAGGCUGAGAAAUCUACCGUUUCUUGCAACAAUGAGGCUGUGCACGUGCCAGACAGAGGUCGCAUCGACAAGGUCACUAAAUUUCUCAUAGUAAAGGCUGAGGGAGUUGAGAAGACGGACACGCAUAACCGGCUGCUCUGUCCCAAAGGCACUGAGGGAAAGACUUUGAACGAAGAAAUAGAGCUUCAACUGCCUGCAGAUGUGAUUAAAGGAUCUGCCCGCGCUUUAGUAUCAGUCCAGGGUGACAUCCUCGGCCGGCCUCUGAAGAACCUGGAUGGUCUUCUGAGGAUGCCUUAUGGAUGUGGAGAGCAGAACAUGGCGCUCCUGGCCCCCAACAUCUACAUCCUCCAGUACCUUAAAAAGACAAAGCAGCUAACUCCAGCCAUUAAAGAGAAGGCUUUCAACUUCCUGUCCAGUGGAUACCAGAGACAGCUGAACUACAAACAUCAUGAUGGUUCAUACAGCACAUUUGGUACAGGAACAGGAAACACUUGGCUGACUGCUUUUGUGUUGAGAUCUUUUGUCAAAGCGAAGUCCUUCGUCUACAUCGAUCCCGAAAAGAUUAAAGAGUCCAGGACAUGGCUGGAAGGGAAGCAACAAGAAAACGGCUGUUUUCAACAGUCAGGAAAACUCUUCAACAACAGAAUGAAGGGCGGUGUGUCUGAUAAGGUGACUCUCACCGCAUACAUCAUUGGUGCCUUCUUGGAGAUGAAUGUGUCUGCUAAGAAUCCUGUGGUGAACAAGAGCCUGUCGUGCCUCAAGGAGUACGUCAGGGACUUCAACAACACCUACACCACAGCUCUGAUGGCGUACGUCUUCUCUCUGGCGGGAGACAUGGAGACCCGUUCUGUCCUUCUGCAUCACCUUGACAUAGCUGUAAAAAGAGAAGGGCGUUUGAUGUACUGGUCCCAGAAAUCAGCAGAAACAUCAGCCUCUCUGUCUGUGGAGAUCACCUCCUAUGUGCUGAUGGCCAAACUCAGCGUCCCCCCGUCUCACAGAAAACUAGACCAAUCCGCCUUGAUCGUGAGGUGGCUGACGAAGCAGCAGAACGAUCGCGGAGGCUUCUCCUCCACUCAGGACACGGUAGUGGCUCUUCAGGCUCUGGCUCUCUAUGCCACUCUGGUGUACAGUAGUGGGGGUUCAAGCACAGUGAAAGUCCAGACUCCCAGUGAACAGCUGACAUUUGAUGUGAAUGAGCACAACAAACUGCUCUACCAGGAGAAGAUCCUGGAGGACGUGACGGGAAAUUUCAGCGUGGAGGUGAAGGGCACUGCAUGUGCUUUGGUGCAGAUUACUCAACUCUACAAUGUCCCACCUCCUGCUACAUCCAGCGCUUUCAGUUUGGAGAUUGUUGUAGAGGUGAACUCCACCAGGGGCACCAGACCAAAGGUUACUUUGAACAUUACGGUCCAAUACAAUGGAAAGGAAAACAGUACAAACAUGGUGAUCCUGGAUAUCCAAAUGCUCUCUGGAUUUGUCCCAAACUCAGAGUCCUUGAGGAGGCUCAAAGAUGCCACGAAAGUGGAUCGUGUUGAAGAAAGGAGUGGUAGUGUUGUGGUGUACAUAGAGGAGUUACCACAGAACACAUCCAUCUCCUACACCUUGGAGCUCAGACAGGAGGUCCGGGUGCAGAGCCUGAAGCCUGCUGUGGUCAAGCUCUAUGACUACUACCAGCCAAGUGACUCUGCUGAGUUAGACUAUAUCUACUGUACCGACAUAUAACAUCACAACAUUUCUCAGAAAAUUCAUUUGAUUGAGGAGAGAAGUGUGAUCAGUCCUGAUGAUGUCAUUUAAUCCAAUAUAAAUUAAAAAAUCAGCAUUUAAUGAAGUACCAAUACAUUACAUUGCAUGUCUCAGUAACACACAGUGUAACAUAUUUGGUUGUUAUGAUUCUGGUGUUGGUGUCCAAUAUAUACGAAAGCAUAAUAAACGAUGAAUAACAUCA